GCCGCGAGCUGUAGUGUUUUACUCCUUACUUUUUCUCAUCUGUUUGGUUUCGAUUUUAAUUUUCAUUCAUAAAAGUACAUUGGUUACUAUAUAUUUUUUUUUUCAUUUACCCGCGAAUUUAAGUCGCGUAAAAUUCUUCUUAUUUUUUAUAUUGCAUAUUUAUGAGUUAAUGAUAAAAAUGGGGACUUAAGAAUAUCAUCAACGAAAGGGAUACACUUUGAUUAUGUGUUUUUCUUUUUUUUUUCUUUAAUGAAACGGAAUGUGCCGUAUGUUUUUAGUUGUUAGAAUUGCGAAAGAAAAUCUAGGGGAAAACAUCGUAAAAUAGAUUUACGUAUUUGUGUUGCCACAUAAUAUAUGUUUACUUGAAUUAUCAUCUGUAAUUGUGAAGCAACUCUAUUCAAAAAUGAAUGUACGGAAACAAAGUGUGUGUGGAUUGUUUACAUUUAUAUUAUGCUGUUCUUGUGUAAUGGUGUCAUCUGCUGUUACAAAAAAAGUGAGACCACCUCUUGUAGAAGAAGUGGGCAGGAGAAAAUUGGAAAAACAAACUCAUUGUCAGUUUGGUAACAAUACUUACGAACUGGAGGAGAGAUGGAGGCCUGACUUGGGUCCUCCAUUUGGCAUGCUGUAUUGCAUGCGAUGCGAAUGUAUACCGGUUCAGCGAAAAAGGAGAAUCAUGUCGAAAGUGCGAUGCAAAAAUAUUAAGAAUGAUUGCCCGAAACCAACAUGCGACGAUCCUGUCUUACUUCCCCAAAGAUGCUGCAAAACAUGCCCUGGAGAAGACUAUGCUGAUUUGGAAGAAGAUAUAGCGACCCGGAAGCUAGAAUCAGAAGAUGAAGAUAAAAUUCUGAAAGAAUAUACGGCUCUAUUGACUGGAAAGAUAUUAGUUCCACGAGUAUCGGUUUCUGGAGAAGCAGUAUCACGAGCAACAGUUGCUGGAGCAGCACGUGGUUAUUUUGUUUUUACUAAACGAGAUCUUCAUUAUACCAUAAAUUACAGAGGAAUUCCACGCCCUGCGUCAGUUCGCUUUACAAAUGAAGAAGGAAACAUAUUGGAAGAACAUGAAAUUCCCAUUGCACCCCACCAUGUUCAAGGAUCAAAAGUUUGUGGUGUUUGGAGAAGAGUUCCCAAAGUCUAUCGUCGAUUGCUUCAAAAAGAGAAACUUAUCUUUAUAUUGGUAACUAGCUCACAUGCUGAUGGAAUUGUUGGAGGGAGAAUUAUGAAACACAAUUCUAUAAAUACAGAGGCGUACGGAACACUUUUACUUCCAAGCAUAAAAUCUGGUGAUUUGGCGAAUGAAACUCAAGGUACUGGUGGUAUGGCGAACAUUUUCCCAGUGACAGAUAGUAUUCAUGUAUCACUUGGUUUUAACGGCAUAUUCACGGCUGAAGAUAUCCGAGAUGUGCCAUUGAUUGUUAGCCUUUUCUAUGAAGAUAUGGAUGGAAAGUUGCUGCCAAUAUCUGAAAGUUUAAUUUCGUUACCAAAAGUGCACCCCCACUAUAACAGCGCGACUGUCAAACUGGAUCUGGCACCGCAUCUCCAGGAGCGUCUGUCCAGCGGGAAGUUCGAACUUCGGAUAUCGUCCAAGGACGGACAACGCCUCCAGAGCGGACGCAUCAUGCCCAAGGUUACUUGCAACGUGUUUGAAGCUGUUAUCACGCCCACUGAAAUAGUAGAUACAAGUAAAGAUCCGAUUACAGGAUUUAUAAUACUUGACAUAGGCUCAGAAGGAUUCAUAAAUUAUAAGUUGCACGUCAGCGAUCCAAGCAUUGAAUCUGCCACAAUUCGAUUAGAAACUAAAGUAGAAACACCUAAUGGUACAGGGAUGCGUGUGUUACAACAAGUUUCACAAAACCUAACUAAUUCAUGGGUAUCUUCCUUUAUUCGUUCAUUUACAAUAGAGAUGCCCAUUUUGUUGACUGGUGGCAACACAACUGCAGGUGGAAUAGCUUGGCUAUCCAUUGAUAAAGAUUGCAUUCUUCAUUAUCAAGUAUACCUUACUGGCUUAGAUGCUCGGGAGCGUCAUUUGUUGGAAUUACUGCAAGUGAGACCAGGAAAAUAUCACCACCCUCUACAGCGUGUCUUGAAAAAAUUCGAAGGGGAGCAGGUAAUGGUUGAAGACUUGGCAGAGGACUUGGAUGGUCGUAGUUUGGCUUUCAUACAACAAGGCUACACUUACCUGGUUGUGACAUCGAAACUUAACAGCAAGGCCAAGGCUGUCGAGCUGAGAGCUAAAAUAAACGAGCUCUACACUCCCCCCAACUGCCUUCCAAGUUAUGAUGCAUCCUCCAAGACAAGAAGUGGGAAUACAUAUCAGGAUGGAUACAAUGACGUAUACGGGACGGAUUUGAGGAAUACGUGUGAAUAUGAGGGUACUAUUUAUGAUGAUGGAGAUCAUUGGAAAGGUGAACAUGAAGAAUGCACCAUGUGCUCUUGCCAGAGAGGUCGCGUUGUUUGCGAGAGGACAAUAUGCCCCAAGCCAUUGUGUAACAAUCCUAUGACGAUGGAAGGAGAAUGUUGUCCCUUCUGCCCAAGUAACUCUAAUGGUUCAUCUGAAGUGGACGUCCACAAAGGCGAGAGGUAUUGUUUCUUUGACAAAAAAUAUCGUCCUGCUGGUAUCAGAUGGCAUCCCUAUGUUCCUCCCUUUGGAUUCAGCAAAUGCUCUCUUUGUACAUGCGACCCGAAGACUCUGACUGUAAAGUGCGAUCGAAUCACGUGCCCAGCGCUAACUUGUGCUGAAAAAGAUGCUUAUAGGGAGCAAGAUAACGAUUGUUGCAAAAAAUGUCCUAAUUCAGUGUUAACGAAAGCUAUUGUUAUCAUCCCUCCCUCAGUGGGUCACCUGGGAGAUCAGAGUGGUGAAAAAUCAACUGUUAAAGAGAUAUUGAAUGCUGGAGGUUGCAAAUUCCGAGGCCAAGUUCAUAGAAAUGGCGACGAAUGGCAUCCGACUAUAGAGCCCUACGGAGCUGAAAAAUGUGUUAAAUGUCAUUGUAAAGAUGGACGAGCCAAGUGUAAGAGGAAAAAGUGUCCUAAAGAGUCAUGCCCUGUCAAGGUGCCAGGUGAAGAUGGUUGCUGUGAUAGAUGCAUAGAUUCUGUGUCUGAAUCGUCUUCAAGAUCCGCGGAAGGACCCAGCAAAGGAAAGCGAAGGAGAAAGGAAAGGGAACGAAGGCACAGAAAGGUACGGCAACCCAAAGAGAAACAGAACUGAGCAUCCAUCAUCCAACAGGCAUUUGUUGAAAGGGGCAAAAAUAAACUAUUCGGAAGGAGGAUUCAGGUUCCUUUUAAGAAAAAAAAGAGCAAAGGCAUCAAUUUACUACCAUUUUUUAUUUCCUUUUACCGAAGAGAUACAAUUCGGUGGUGCUAUGCUUUUAUACACAAUGGGCUACCCAUUUUAUAACAGAAAAACCUGGUCAAUCCAUCUUGAAAAAGAAUCGUUAUGAUUUGUUUUCUUCUAAAUAUUAGACGAAUUAGGAACUGUUUUAAGUGUUUCGCUUCAUUAUUAUAUUUUAUUCGUGUUUCAUCGUGUUCAAGCAACAAAUUGUACAGUUGUAUAUAGUAUCUUAAAAAAAAA